AAUGAGGGUCAUGAAAAAAAAAAUGUGUAAUUGAUUUGUGAUGGUGAAGACGCUCGCAGGUCCAGGUGGGGAAGAACAAAUACAACUUUAAGUGGAGGGGAAAGACUUCCGAAGAGGGGACGAGCCGGUGGCCUCCAUCCCUCACCCCCUCCAGCCUGCUGGCCGGCUGGGUUCCCCUUCCCUUCCCAGCUUCUCCCAGGAAGGCGCCCGGCAGCUCUGGGACCCAGAGCGAGGAGGCGGCUGUUGGCCGUGGCGGACUCGGGCUCCUCUGUGUGUGCCGGAGAUGCCAGCGCGCUCCGGGGGCUUGCGUCCCACAUGCCCCACCGAGGGUGGCAGCGGCGGGCGUCAGAGCCCGAGUUCUACGCCUGUCCUCGCUCGGUCCUGGGAGGGAGGAAGGUGGAGGGAGAUGCUUAGCCGACCCCGGGGAGUCCUUAACGUCGCCGCCGCCGCUGGUGGUGGCCGUGGCAAAACGGGUGCUCCGCGCCCGAGGAACGAAGAGGGAGUUAUGGCCAGGACCAGGCGGCCAGAGCUGACAGGGCAGGGCGUGUGUGUGUGUGUGUGUGUGUGUGUGUAGUUGGUAGUAGUAGCUGUAGCCCCCACCCCACCCCGUCUGCCCACCCUAGAUUUAAAACAAACAAACCAAUCCAAAGUAGAGAAUUCUGCGCGCCCCCUCCUCGCCCCACUAUAUAUAGACCCCACGCUUUGUCAGGGGCUCAGGAGAAAAGUCGUGCCCUCCCUCUCCGAAAGAAUGUGCCAGCUGGGUGUCAGCAGUGCUGGAGACAAGUUCAGGUAACGCACAGUGGUAUUGAUGAGUAGAUCCUUGGAUUCAGAGGUUGGCUGAAACACACCAUGCCUGCUUCCAGCUUUUGCUCCGGAGAGUUGUGAAUUGCUAAUGCCUAUAGGGAGGAAGGAUGGCACAUGGGAUUCCUUCUCAAGGCAAAGUUACCAUAACGGUGGAUGAGUACAGCUCAAACCCCACCCAGGCAUUCACACACUACAACAUCAACCAGAGCAGAUUCCAGCCGCCACAUGUACAUAUGGUCGACCCCAUCCCAUAUGACACUCCAAAACCAGCGGGCCACACGCGGUUUGUCUGCAUCUCAGACACGCACUCCAGAACAGAUGGUAUCCAGAUGCCUUAUGGGGACAUCCUUCUCCACACAGGCGAUUUCACCGAGCUGGGACUGCCCUCAGAGGUUAAGAAGUUUAAUGACUGGUUAGGAAACCUGCCAUAUGAAUAUAAAAUUGUGAUUGCUGGGAAUCAUGAACUGACAUUCGAUAAGGAAUUCAUGGCAGACCUCGUUAAACAGGACUACUACCGUUUCCCCUCUGUGUCCAAAUUGAAACCAGAGGACUUUGACAAUGUUCAGUCCCUCCUGACAAACAGUAUUUACUUGCAAGAUUCGGAGAUAACUGUGAAGGGAUUCAGGAUAUACGGUGCACCUUGGACCCCGUGGUUUAAUGGAUGGGGCUUUAACCUACCCAGAGGCCAGUCUCUGCUGGACAAAUGGAACCUCAUCCCAGAGGGCAUCGACAUACUCAUGACACACGGACCUCCUCUAGGCUUCCGAGACUGGGUUCCAAAGGAGCUUCAGAGGGUGGGCUGCGUGGAGCUCUUAAACACAGUCCAGAGGCGAGUUCGGCCCAAACUCCACGUAUUUGGUGGAAUUCACGAAGGGUACGGCAUCAUGACCGACGGAUAUACCACCUACAUCAACGCCUCGACCUGUACGGUCAGCUUUCAGCCGACCAACCCUCCAAUCAUAUUUGACCUUCCAAACCCACAGGGCUCCUAAAGCUCUGAGCAUCCUGUCGGAAUGUGAGGGACGGAAUACAAACUGCCAUUUUUUCUAAUUAUAAACUUACAUUUCUCUGACUUGUUUAUUUCCAAAUCCUGUGAGUUCUUUUUGUAAAUUGUUGGAACAGGAAAAAAAAUGAUGCUAGAGUUGUGUCGCUUCUUUUUGCUUUUUAAGUGGGGUAUCCAUUUGAAAUCAAAGGAGCAUUGUGAAUUUGUAAAAUGACUUCUGUUUGCUCAAAGGCCACGCCAUUGUAAAUUGUUAGUGUUUGCCAAAGGACAGCCAAGCUUUCUUUAAAAAAAAAAAAAUAGAUGAUGAUUUUAAAAAGUCUUAUUUGAAUAUGCUUUAAGCUGAAAGAAAAAAAAAAUUUAAGAAGAAAAGAAACACAUAGGCAGUGUUUUGAAAAUCACCCAGAUUUGCACAACUCCUUGAGUAUUGUUUGCUGCAUUUUAAUUUUCAGUGUUUUGUUGUUGUUUUCUUGGUACUGUAUCAUUUUUAUUUUACAGAUGUGGCCCAAUUUUAAAGCAAUCUCAACAGAAGUAGGUCUGGGAAAACCUUAGCUUCACACUGGCUAUAAAGAAGACUGUGUCCGAGGUGGGGACGAAUGGCCUUCAUUCAGAGGCUUAGCCAGGGAGAGCCAUACCGUGCUUAUACAAACUCUCACUGUUUGUUUCUUUUAAAUUAUUUGAGCUUUAAAAAGAUGGAAACAAGAAUCUGUCAAGAGCAGAUAUUCAUUCAAGGGAAAAAAAAAAGUGUGCAGACUCCUUUUCAAUGUGGAUUUAUAUAUAUAUAUACAUAUAUAUAUAAAUAUUUUUUGUGCAUUAUGACUAACUUGGGAGUUUAAAUUGCCAAGGACAGUACAACUGCGAAGCAACCCUGUGCAGCGAGCGGCACGUCAGAAGUCCGAAGGAACUGACCCAUGCUUUCUUCAAACUCAAGGUCUUAAAGAGCUUGGGUUCAGUCUAAGUACAGGGGAACAAGUGUGUAUAGACUUCAGUGGAUGUAUUGGAAGCGAACGAAAAUAAGGCUUAGUGGUCCUUUCUAUUUAAAUGCCCUGCAUUGUCUUCUUACUUCCUCCUCCUUCCCAUUUUGCACUGUGUGUUGAUGCAAUCUUCGCUAGCACAAAAUAUUGUCGCUAAUAAUCCUUUCUGUUCUUCCCAUUGUCGAUGCCAUUGAGCUCUAUUCUAUUUUAUGUUACCUUGAAAUUUAGGGAAGCAGUUGUUUUCUUUAAAUUUAUUGUGAUAUUCUAUAUCUAGCGGCCUUUAUAUGCAAAUAAAAUUGCAAGAUUUUUAAAAUC